GGAUAUCACAUGCAGGUGGUUCUCAACCAAAUCUUGGCUGAUACUCACUUUAGGACUCAUCAUGGUCCAACAUGGAGGAGUCCCGAAACCUUGAUCUCUUGACUAGGGCAAAACUAGACUUUCCAAGGUGUGUUUGUUUCAUAGUGAAUCAUGUUAGUUCAUCUUUUUAAAUUAAAAUCUUGAGAGCUUCUAUCUAAAUGACUGAAUUAAGAAAACUGCCACUUUCUUAAAUAUGGUGCGUGGAGCACUUAUUUCGAUCUUAGCACUUGCACUUUAAAUCUGCUAAAAUGAAGUUCACUAUCUUAUGAUCUGUAUUUGAGAAGUAGAUAGCGACCAUAAAUGGGCAAAAUACUUCAGUGAGCUCUCCAAUUGUAGCUUCUUUUUUUUUUUCCCCGAAAAAGGAAAUGAAUGUAGAAAAUGUAUUAAUUGUUUGGGAUUGUCCAUGUAACAGCCUUAUCUUCUCAGGCAAGCCCUUUUAAAAAUAGGGUAUGUGUUAAACAUGAUGGAGUUCUUAAAAACAUCAUCUUCUUUAAUAAACCUCUUACUAGAAAAUGAAGUGCCAAAUUAAGUUAGAAAUACAGAGUUUUCAGGAGAAAAUUCCUAGUUAAUACCUGAAUCUGUGUUUUCAUAGUUUAGAAAAACUUUGGUUAAAGCAGUUGUAACAUCAUCUGAAACUUUUCAAGGAAGCUGUACUUUGCUAAACCUUUCACUAGGAACUAUGCCCUGAACUUGGAAACAAACUUGAGAGUACUUGCAUAUGCUUAAAGUAUAUAACUAGUAGGUGAAUUGAGACUUACUAUUCUACAUAUUCAAAGAACAUAAGGAUCGUCAUGAGAGCUCUGUACUGACACUUCUAUGGGUUGCGAAGUGUUCAAGCAGAGUGAGUGUGAGCUGUAUCUGAAAGGUGGAAAAGCAUCAGCCUGACUGGCCUGAACAUGGGAGCAAAGGUACUGAAUUCAAGAGCCGUGCUUACUUAAAGCAAUGUUACUGUUGAGCUGUGCUGUCGCUGCCGUCAUUGAAGUUCUUUGAUAUACCACUGUAGAGUGUUUGCAUGCAAGUAUAAAAAAAAUCAUCUGUUGUCCACUAAGGCAUCCAAACAAUGUUGUAACUCUUAAACAUUCUUUCCUGUUAAGUAACUUGAUCCACCUUCUAUCAUUAUACUGCUUAUUUAAAUUUGGAUACUUGGCAAAACAGCAUCUUAUGUGCAUGUAUAGCACACAGAAUAUGUAAGGUGAUCCACAAAUUUCCAGUAACAAAUUCAGUAAUGUAGUGGGUUCUCUAAACAUAAGCUGCGCAACUGUGGUAGACUUGUUAUCCUGCUUGUUGACUGUAUCAAAACUAAACAGCACAAGUAAUUCCUGGGUUGAUCUGAAGUAAGAAUUAUGUUGAGAACUAAAUUUAAUUUUGCCAUAUCUAUCUAAAAAUCUCUCUCCCUUUGGGCUGGUUUAGUGGUAGUCUUCAGCUUUGCCUUCAGCAGGAGUAUGUGAUCUCCCUGAUACAGGCUGAAGGUCAACAGUAAAAUAAGUGCAUUGCUCUGUAGCAGUUCUUUAGAAACAAAGCUAUCGGGUCCUGACCAGUCACCUGGCAAAAAAUACAGCCAGGCAAAUAGGAGUAAGACAGUCUCUUGAAAGCAAAACUUUACUAUAUAUAAUUCUUUAAUGGGUUUUAGCUUCUUCAUCAUGUGUUUUCUGUUGCUGUAAGCUUUCGCUAUACUCAUGAAUGAACCUGUAGAGAACAGCAGAAACAUGAAAGCUCUAGCUGCCACAGAUGACAGUCAGCUCGAAGCUCCAAAAGCUGCUUUCACUAGGUCUUUCUUUGCCAGCCCCUGUGUUCCAGCUUUCCUGCUACUGGGCUUGUGUUUUUGUUAGCCCAGACUUGCAGCAGAAUGAAUUGGAGUUGGUGGUAGACGCUUAUUGCUGCCUGUUGAGAACCUGCCUUUGUGUUUUCUAAACUGCAUUUUUAGAAGUACAUGUAAGUGCAGGUAGGUUGCAGAAAUGCUUAGCAAUUUGGCUGUUACUUUUUUCCCUUUGUGAUAGCAUUGUAACCUCUUGGUUACAAAUCCUCAUUUCUGUAAAACCAAAGAUGGUCAGUAUUUCUUCUGCACUAAAUCAGUCAAUGGAGACAAACUCUUCUGUUCUAGUUUCUAAACAUCUCUAACAUAAACAAAGUCAACAAAUUCUUGUGUGACUGCAUAAAUUAAAUUACUCUGAACUGGACUUUUAUCUCUUUAUCAGAAAGAUGCAUUUUUUAAUGGUAUGAACUGUUAAGUGUAGCACUGUCACCAAUGUGUGAAGCAGCAGAAUGCUGCAUAUUUGGAAGUACAAAAGGUCUGGAUUAUCGGUGCUGUACUAACUGGGUGGUAGUAAAAACAUUUAUAGCAGUUAAAAGAAAACAUUUUUUUUUCCCCUCUCCCACCCUUCUUUCUGGUUGAGAAUAGUUAUUGAUAUCUGCGCUUUGGCUGGCAUUUGGGUGUGUUUUGGUGUAAGAUAAGAACUUUGCCUCAGUGUUGAAUGCCCAAUACAUAGCAGGGUGUAAUAUAUGGCUUAUUUUGUCUUUGUUCAUGUUUCACUGCUGUGGCUGCGUUCUCCUGUCUUAUGGAUGUACAACUUGACAGUAACUGAGAGUCACAUCAGAUUGCUCCUAAUUUUUUCUCAGAGUUGUGCUGGUUUCCAACUGAUAGAUGCCAAACUCUUUCAGUAAUUAGCAAAGCACAGGGUGUUGAUUUCUGGAUGGUAUCCUGUUCCUCUUUUGUUCAUUUUUACAUAUACAUAGUUCAAUCGUGAGUGGGACCCGUCGAAGCUGUGUGGGUGCUUCCAGCCUGAAGUCAGGAAAUACUUGGCUUUUGAAGCAUAACGGCUGCUGCGCAGAGCUCUGGCUCUACCCUGAUAUCAUGAAACGAGCCUGAGGAAAUGCUGGCAGUGUUGCCAGCCCUUUGUGAAGAGGGGGAUCUUUCUGCACUCACUUAUCCCAGGAAUCCAUUCAUGAGCCCUCGUGUUCAUCACACUAAAGUUUGAUGACAGUUUUGCUUGGACAUGCCUGUGCUUCUGAACUGGAGGCCACAUCAGAAGGUUCCUGAUGUCAUCAGCAGCAUAAGGCAAGUCUCCAAAGCAGCACUAAAAGAAGAUGCCAAACCAAGUAAGGAUAGUGAAGAUGCCUUCUAUGACUCUCAAAAAUUUGAGGUCUUGUACUGUGGAAAGGUGACGGUGGCUCACAAGAAAGCUCCCUCCACGCUAAUUGAUGAUUGCAUUGAGAAAUUUAGCCUUCAUGAGCGCCAGCGCCUGAAACUAUUAAAUGAGCAGCGGAAUAACGAGUCAAGUUUAGACUUACCCCUGAGUGAAGGAAAUGUGCCAUCUUCUCCAUCAGAUAGCCCGUUUGAGGAGCUGGACAGCCCAAGUAACACUGUAGGGCAUGCUGCAAUGUUUACAAUUGGCAGCCAGACCAACUUGACCAACCUGGUCAGCACUCGUGGCUCCUUUCCAGAAAGAAUUUUAGAGGACUCUGGCUUUGAUGAGCAGCAAGAGUUUCGCUCCCGGUGUAGCAGUGUCACUGCAGUUAUGCAAAGAAGGGUUCAUGACACAAACCUGAAAAUACAGCCGCGCAGAAGACAUGCAAGUGCACCCAGUCAUGUUCAGCCGUCCGAUUCUGAGCAGAACAGGACUAUGUUGUUCCAGGUUGGAAGGUUUGAAGUUAACCUCAUCAGUCCGGACACCAAAUCUGUUGUGCUUGAAAAGAAUUUUAAAGAUAUCUCCUCAUGUUCUCAGGGUAUAAAACACGUUGAUCACUUUGGUUUCAUUUGCCGGGAAUCUGUUGAACCUGGGUUAAGCCAGUAUGUUUGCUAUGUGUUCCAGUGUGCAAGUGAGUCUCUGGUUGAUGAGGUAAUGCUAACCCUGAAACAAGCCUUUAGCACUGCUGCAGCUCUGCAAAAUGCCAAGACGCAGGUUAAACUGUGUGAGGCCUGCCCUAUGCAUUCAUUGCACAAACUUUGUGAAAGAAUUGAAGGACUCUAUCCACCAAGAGCCAAACUUGUAAUUCAGAGACAUCUGUCGUCACUAACUGAUAAUGAGCAAGCAGACAUUUUUGAACGUGUUCAGAAAAUGAAGCCUGACAGUGACCAGGAAGAAAAUGAACUUGUGAUCUUGCAUCUGCGCCAGCUCUGUGAAACUAAGCAGAAAAUGCAUGUUCACAUUGGUGAAGCACCAUCGACUGUUUCUAACAGUGCAAUUCCAGAAGGCACCACGAGCGGUGGCAGGUUUAAACUUGACAUUUUGAAAAACAAGGCCAAGAAAUCCUUGACUAGCUCACUGGAAAAUAUCUUCUCAAGGGGAGCCAACAGGAUGCGAGGCCGCCUGGGAAGCGUGGACAGCUUUGAGCGCUGCAACAGCCUUGCUUCUGACAAAGACGCUUCGCCGGGUGAUUCCCCACCAGCUACUCCUCCGGCGUCCCCCGUGUCCUCGGCCUGGCAGCCGUUUCCAGAGGAAGGCUCGGACUCCCCCCAGUUCAGGAGGCGCGCGCACACCUUCAGCCACCCCCCCUCCAGCGCCCGGCGGAGGAUAACCUUCCAGAACGGGAGGUCCCAGAGCGCCCGGUCCCCGCUGCUGCGGCAGAGCUGCGUCGAGGCGACAAGUGAUGGGGAGGGAAAGAAAAGAACAUCAACCGUCUGCAGCAGUGAAUCUCUAAAUGCUGUGGGGGCCACGCUCACACCUCGCCGCAUCUCCUGGCGGCGGAGAAUAUUCCUGCAGGUAGCUUCACCUAUGAAUAAAUCUUCUUCCAAGAUGCAGCAUCCAGAUGGUCAUGAUGGAAGUGAAUUGUUACCAUUAUCGCCUCUUGCUCCACCCCUCGAGGAGGACCCUCUUGUUCUAGUAUUGCAAAAUGAGGAUGGUCCGGAUAAAACUGGAGAGAGGAAAAACUCAGAAGAACUACAAAGUCUGUGGAGAAAAGCCAUUCAUCAACAAAUUCUGUUACUUCGAAUGGAAAAAGAAAACCAGAAGCUGGAAGCAAGCAGAGAUGAGCUCCAAUCAAGAAAAGUAAAACUGGACUAUGAUGAAGUUGGUACAUGUCAGAAAGAUGUCAUAAAUGUUUGGGAUAAGAAGUUGCUGAACUGCAGAGCCAAAAUCCGAUGUGACAUGGAAGAUAUUCAUUCCACUUUGAAAGAAGGUGUACCAAAAAGUCGUCGGGGAGAAAUUUGGCAGUUUUUGGCUGUGCAACAUCGAGUCAGACACAGACUGCCAAACAAGCAGCAGCCUCCCGAUGUCUCUUACAAAGAACUUCUGAAACAACUGACUGCACAACAGCAUGCCAUCCUUGUAGAUCUAGGACGGACAUUCCCUACACAUCCUUACUUUUCUGCCCACCUCGGAGCAGGACAGCUAUCACUCUUUAAUCUCCUGAAAGCGUACUCUUUGCUGGACAAAGAAGUGGGUUAUUGUCAAGGUAUCAGCUUUGUAGCUGGAGUGCUGCUUCUACAUAUGAGUGAAGAACAGGCCUUUGAAAUGCUGAAAUUCCUCAUGUAUGACCUUGGCUUCCGUAAACAGUACAGGCCAGACAUGAUGUCACUACAGAUUCAGAUGUAUCAGCUCUCAAGGCUCCUUCAUGAUUAUCACAGAGACCUGUAUAAUCAUCUUGAAGAAAAUGAGAUCAGUCCCAGUCUUUAUGCUGCACCGUGGUUUCUUACAUUGUUCGCAUCUCAAUUUCCAUUAGGAUUUGUAGCCAGAGUAUUUGACAUUAUUUUUCUUCAAGGAACAGAAGUCAUAUUUAAAGUAGCACUGAGCCUACUUAGCAGUCAAGAAACAUCUAUAAUGGGAUGUGAGAGUUUUGAGAACACUGUUGAUUUUCUUAAAACCACUAUUCCAGAUAUGACUCACCCUCAAAUGGAAAAAAUUAUUACUCAGGUGUUCGAGAUGGAUAUUUCAAAACAGCUCCACGCCUACGAAGUAGAGUACCACGUUCUUCAGGAUGAACUGCAGGAAAAUGUGAAUCCCUGUGAUGAAGGUGAACCCCUGGAGAAGCUGGAGAGGGCAAACAGUCAUCUGAAGAGACAAAACAUGGAUUUGUUGGAGAAGCUGCAGGUUGCUCAUGCUAAAAUUCAGAGUCUGGAAUCCAACCUGGAGACUAUUUUGACUCGAGAGAACAAAAUGAAGACUGUAAUUCAGUCCCUGGAACAGGAGAAGAUAACAUAUCAAAAGACUCUUGAGCAGAUAAUGAAGUAUUUGCCAGCGGAAGUCUUGUCUGACUGUGAACUGCUCCUGAAGGAAGUAAACUACAACCCAAAUAAUAAAAUAAAAUAAGGAGUAAGCCAUAAACCAAGGUUUUCUAGGCAGCAUUUUUUCAAAAAAAGGGAAAGAAAAGAUGAGUAUGCUGCUUUCAGAGGACUUAGCAAUAGGCAACAGUAUUACCCAAAACUAGUGCUGGGACACUCAUAGCUACAGAUGGGCCUUCAAAUGUCAGUAUGCAAAUUCAGGCUAUUAAUUUUUUUAUGAUUCUGUAAAUAAAUCGCAAGGGGGAAAUAAAGGAUUCUUAUAUGUAAUUAUGAUGAGUAGAUGUAUAUUUAGAGUUGAUCUAAAGGAAAAGAGAAAUUUCAGUAGUCAAAGCCAAGAUAAUGGCGAUCUGCAAAUUCACUCUGGAUGUGCUUGUCUUGUAGCAAAACGAGGAUAGCGUGUCUUUAUAUAUAUGUAUGUUGAAUAAUACUUGAAGAAAAAAAACAAAAAAGAAUGUAAUUUUCCCUCCAAAGAGCAGCAUGUUUCACAUCUUCUGUGGAAAAUCUGUGUGAACUCAUGUGUGCCUCUCUUUUAAUUCUACUGACAUUGUGCGCGCAGACCAAUAAGCAGAACAAGUAUCAUGGCUUGGUUCGUGCGGAAAGAGCUCUUGUGCCAUCUGCUGCCUGGGCUGUCGCCGUCAGCGACGUAAUUACACACGCAUGUUGGAACUGGAAACCAAAAGCAUAAUGUCAUAGCUCCGCCUCUGUAACUCAGAGCUAAGAAAUAGGUAUCUAUACACGCUCGCAGAACUUGUAAAGGCAAGAGCUAACAGUGACUGCUACUUCCUUCCUGGCCGGUUUGCUUCUGCCUGUCUCGGGGUUGGUCACGAUGACGGGAGGAAGUGAGCGAUCCUGAUGUUAAUUUUCUGCAAGAGAUUUGCUGUCGUAAGAGUCAGGCAUGCAAGAAGUUCUCAUUUAACCAAAGAAAUACUGCAAGGAGCCUUGUCUUAUCAUAGUGGGAGCCAGAAAGCUAUUCUUAAAUUUUAUUUGAAGAGAAAAUUGAGGCAGAUUGCAGGAAGUUGAGCAUAAGUGCACGCAAGAGGACCAAGCAAGUUUCAAAUGUUAUAUACCUUUCAGUUUUCGCUUACACAGUGGGUAUACAUUUCAAAAGGGAUUCUGAAGUACAGGUGUCGUUUUAAUAAUGCUUUCCAGGUUAUUCCUGUUUUAAUACUAGUUUGUGGUUUUCUUUUUAAAACAAAAGUCAUGAAUUCUUGUGUUCUGGGCAGAAGGUGGGUAAGCUCUGAUCAUUUCAAGGGAGAAAAUAUGUUUAUAAAGGUAUAAAAAGAUGCACAUAGAUUUGAAAAUGUUUUUGAGUGGAAUUUAUGAGAAGGUUUAGACAAAUGUGUAAUAGACAUGUACUUUGGAGUGCAUGUCUGAACCGUUAAUUGAGUGUUACAGUGGCUCAUGUUAUCUCUUACCAUUUAUACUGUAUUUCAGGAAAGACAUACUCUUUUUAGUAAGAAAAACAAUUAAGCAAAGUGCCAAAUCCAGCAGUGUCUUUAUGCAUAAGUUUGUCCAAUUUAGAAAGCAAGGACUGAAUAUCACUGCUUUCUAAAUAUUAUGCUUUAUGUUAACAUGAAAGUGAGGAGCAACAAUGCUGAUUUGCUGCACGCUGCUGUGGAACUUAGGGGCUUGGGGUCUCCUAGGUUUGGUUUUUGUUGGUUUUUACUUCUGUGAUGUUUUACUUGAUUAAAUAUACUGAUUUACUUAACAAUCCUUCUUUUUACAGUUAGGGUGAAAGGUCUUAACAUUGUGUGUAAAAUUGUGGAAUCUGUCUAGAUAUUUCAAGAACGUUAUAUUGUCCUAGGUGGAAAAAUGCCAAGUGAAAAGGCAGUUCUUUGCAGUGUUGUUCAGAGUAAGUUUUAGCUGGCGUGUACAUACAAAACCAAUCCCAGGAACUGCAGUAGCAUUUAUUACAAAGAAUCAAGGUUAUUCAGAUACAUCUCUUUUUUUUUCUUUUUUUCUUUUUUUUUUUUUUGUAAUAAGAUGCACUGAACGUGCUUUAUCCUCUGUUUCACUUAUAAAAUUUUUCAUGUAAUGCCUGGAGUAAUUCCAAUAAAUGUCAUUGCUGCAUUUCUCAUGA